UUGGGCGUUGGAUUUGCAAUGCUAACAAAUCUAACAUUUGAUUUGUAGCUUUUUUUUUUGUUCUCUGUUCCGCGCAAUUUCUCAGACAUAAGUCAUGACGGUUUUGGCCUACUCCCGUCACUCUCUGGAUAUAACUCGGCCGGGUGGUGCAUGAACUAACACCAGGCAGGACAUACAGUACUUGUCAACAAAACGCAGCUAUCCGACGCUGAAUCUUCUGCCCAUCUCUUUACGGAUAGGGUCAUGUCGGAGCACCAGUCCAACACGGGUGCUGGACUCCGACGACCUGCCGUUGCCGGCGUGUAUGAAUCCUCACCACCAGUCCAACAGUAAUGGCAUGUGGUACUUCAAUAUUCUGGUAGCAGGAAAAUCGCUGCCGCGCGUCGGAGCAGCAGUUCAACACGUACGGAUGCUGGACUCUGACCAGCCGGCCGGCGUCUAGCAUAAAUCAUUUUCGCACCACCGGACGAGCGGCUUCAGCUCAUCGUUGCACUACCAUGGCGACCAAACUCAUGCCCGCCGUGUUGCUGGUGCUGAUAGCGCUAAAGCUCUCUGCUGGGGCCGGGGCGCGCUCUGAUGAUUCUCCGUGUGGCUUCCCGGCCAUCUUCAACCUCGGUGACUCCAACUCGGACACCGGAGCCUUCCCGGCCCUCUUCCCGGCGGUGCAGCCGCCCUACGGCCGGACCUUCUUUGGCAUGCCCGCCGGGCGGCAAAGCGACGGCCGCCUCACCAUCGACUUCAUGGCUGAAAGCCUGGGGCUGCGUUACCUGAGUGCGUAUCUGGAUUCUCUUGGGAGCAACUUCACGCAGGGAGCCAAUUUCGCCAGCGCCGCUGGAACAAUCAGACGGGUGAACGGGAGCUUGUGGACCUCCGGGUACAGCCCCAUUUCCCUGGACGUGCAGAUCUGGCAACUCAAGCAGUUCAUCAACAGGAGCCAAUUCGUGUACAACAACAUAGGUGGAAUCUACCGGGAAAUCCUGCCGAACCCCGAGAACUUGGUAUCCAAGGCGCUUUACACCUUGGACAUCGGCCAGAACGACCUCACCGUGGGCUACUUCGACAACAUGACCACGGAACAAGUCGAGGCAUACGUCCCCGACCUGAUGGAGAGGAUCUCGUCGGCGAUCCAGGCCGUGUACGACCUCGGGGGGAGGUACUUCUGGGUGCACAGCACGGCGCCGCUCGGGUGCCUGCCCUACGCUUUGGUGUUCCGCCCGGACCUCGCCGCAGCCGAGAAGGACGCCGCCGGCUGCUCCGUCGCGCUCAACGCGGGCGCCCGGUUCUUCAACGCGCGGCUCAACGAGACCGUGGACAGGCUCAGGGCGACGCUCCCCGGCGCCGCCUUCACCUAUGUCGACGUCUACACCGCCAAGUACAGGCUGAUAAGCCAGGCCAAGAAGCUCGGUUUCGAGGACCCCCUACGCGUGUGCUGCGGGUACGGCGGCGGCGAGUACAACUUCGACAGGGACAUCCGGUGCGGCGAUAAGGUGCAGGUGAACGGCACGUCGGUGCUGGCGGGGAAGCCGUGCGACGACCCGUCCAGGAGCGUGAGCUGGGACGGCGUGCACUUCACCGAGGCGGCUAACAAGUUCGUCUUCGACCAGAUCGUGGACGGCGCGCUCUCCGACCCGCCCGUGCCUCUACGGCGGGCCUGCCAGGUCAAAGGGCAAUGAGCAUGACGUUCGUUAAUUAGGCUGCGAAUGUAGCUAGGAUUUUUUCUAUACACCCAUACUGUUGUUACAAGUAAAAUCUCUAGCUUCUCAAAACUCCACAA